AUGGCAGCCGAGGCAGGGAUGCUCGAGCUGCCCUUCGUCCGCGAUGACCAGCUCACCCGGUGCAUGCGACUGCGAUUCCAGAGCCUGCAGCAGAAAAACGCGAGGCCCCAGGAUGGUGAGAAGCUGCUGCGUCCCAAUGAGCACAUCUACCGAGUGGAUUUCAUCCGGCAGCACAACCUGUGCUUCCUCCGCUGGGACAUCCAGCUGGAGAGACCUGGGAAGGUGACGGUGACCGGCACCUCCCAGCACUGGACGCCUGAUCUCACCCACCUUAUGAACCGGCAGCUGCUGGAGCCAGUGGGCAUCUUCUGGAAGAAGCCAGGGGCCAAGGAGGUGGAGUGCAAUGAGGCAGAUGCCCAGGAAUUUGGGGAGCGGAUAGCGGAGUUAGCCCAGAUCCGCAAGGUGAUGUAUUUCCUCCUCGCUUUCACUGACGGCCUUGAACCAGCCCAGCUGAAGGGCUCCAUCGUUUUUAAAGCCUGA